AGUGCUGUGGCAAGACGUCCCGUAACACAAGACCUGCACCAAAGAAUGUGGAUAAACCUGUUGUAAAACAACACAAACACUAGUCCCACGUCAUAAGAUGGAAGUGCAGGACCAGGAAUCUUUGGGGAGGUGGGAUGGGCUGGGCAGCAGGGAUGCCAGCUCCAGGAAUGAAGCCAUGGAGAACAUCUGCCAGGAGAUCAUGAGGAAAGUGGAGGACAUCAAGCCCAUACCACCUGCCCUGUCACCCUCGGCCACAGGAACACCCCCCAACUGCGACCUGAAUGACAUCCUGGCUCACCUUCUCAUGCUCUCCAAACGGUGUCCCUUUGAAGACGUCAAGGGGCAAUGCAUUCGGCUUCUACAGGCUGUCCAGGACUUGGGAAUACGGAUCCCAAGACCCUUAGGAAACGGACCAAGCAGAUUUAUCCCUGAGAAAGAGAUUCUCAAAGUCAGUAAAGUGGAUGCCCGGACACAGUCGAUAUUUGAGGAUGCAUUUGCAGCCCUCGGUCGCCUGGAUAACAUAUCCCUGGUGAUGGGCUUCCACCCACAGUACCUGGAGGGUUUCCUCCGGACGCAGCACUACCUGCUGCAGAUGGACGGACCCCUAUCUUUGCACUACCGACACUACAUCGGCAUCAUGGCGGCAGCUAGACACCAGUGCUCCUACUUGGUCAACCUGCACGUGAACGACUUCCUCCAGGUUGGUGGCGAUCCCAAAUGGUUAAAGGGUCUCGAUGAAGCCCCACAGAAGCUGCAGCAGCUCGGAGAGCUCAACAAAAUCCUGGCCCACCGACCCUGGCUUCUCACCAAGGAACACAUGGAGCGUCUUCUGAAGGCGGAGGAACACAGCUGGUCCCUGGCAGAGCUGAUCCAUGCCGUCGUCCUCCUUACACACUACCACUCCCUCGCCUCCUUCACCUUUGGAUGUGGCAUCACGCCUGAGAUCCACUGUGACGGCGGACACACUUUCAGACCCCCCUCCCUCAGCCAGUUCUGCGUGUGUGACAUUGCUAACGGCAACGGUCACAUUAAUCACCAUGAGGAUCCACUGGGCAACCAGGAGAUGUGUGGCGAGGUGGAGGUAUUGAUGGAGCGCAUGAAGCAGCUGCAGGAAUGCCGGGAUGACGAGGAGGCCAGCCAGGAGGAGAUGGCGACACGCUUUGAGAGGGAGAAGACGGAGAGCAUGCUGGUCGUCACUGCGGAGGAAGAGGAAUGUGUGCCCUCCAGGGACAUCUCCCGACACUUUGAGGACCCCAGCUACGGCUACAAGGACUUCUCCAGGAGGGGGGAGCACGUGCCCACAUUCAGAGUGCAGGACUACAGCUGGGAGGAUCACGGCUUCUCCCUGGUCAACAGACUGUACCCUGAUGUGGGUCAGAUGCUGGACGAAAAGUUUCAGAUGGCCUACAAUCUGACCUACAACACCAUGGCAACGCACAAGGAUGUGGACACCAGUAUGCUGCGCAGGGCCAUCUGGAACUACAUCCACUGCAUGUUCGGCAUCAGGUAUGACGACUAUGAUUACGGGGAGAUAAACCAACUUCUGGACCGUAGCUUUAAGAUCUACAUCAAGACCAUGGUGUGUAGUCCCGAGAAGACCACCAAACGAAUGUAUGAGAGCUUCUGGAGGCAGUUUCAGCACUCUGAGAAGGUCCACGUUAAUCUGCUUCUUAUGGAAGCGCGAAUGCAAGCAGAACUGUUAUACGCUCUGAGAGCGAUCACCCGCUACAUGACAUGAAGUGCUUUUUGGCGUUUUUAUCGUUUGUCUUUUUACUGUCAUUGUUGUUCAUUAUGGGACACCUCAAGAAAAAAAAAAUCAAAGGGGGGGAGGGGGGAUGUGAGAAGCCCUGGGUUGUGAUGGAGCUUGUUGGAUGGAUGUCCAGAAGAGGAUCAGAACAAAUGAAUGAGAGAGGGAAAAAAAAAAAAAAAAAGAACUGUUGAAGAAUGUCUUCUCAACCUACAAGUGGAUACUCGAAACUCAGUUUGUGUUGCCUGCAGUACCAAACUGACCAAGAGAGGGCGGCCUGCAGCAAACUCCUGCUCUGAGCACUGAUAAGGAGGCAUCCAGGAUGACGUUUCAGUAGUCCAGCAUCUCCUCCAUCUCCUGGUAGAGUGAAGACCUGCAGAAAAAAAAUCCCCAGAAUGCUGUGCAGCGACAAACAGUCUGCACUUUGAUUCUAUCGUCACUGUUUUAUGUUUAGUUUCUUUCGAGUCUUUUUAUUUCAUUUUGUAUUAAGGGAAGUGAUGUUGAUGUGGUAACUGGACAUGGAAGCGCAAACUUAAGUCAGAUUUUUUUUUUUUUUUUUUUUUUUUUUUUUUUUUUUUUACGUGUGCCUGAACUAUCCAGCACAGUGUGCAAACGUGCUGAUGCUGCUGCUCCCAUGUUGUUUUUAGUGGGGUCAUAUUGAUCCCCAAAAUCACCCCUAUCCAUUAGAAAUCCCCUUCAUUACUCUCAACUCCCUCUCAUCCCCUACCCCCUACCCCAAAUCUCAAAUGUCAAUGUAAGCUAAUCUGAGGAGGGUGGAGAGAAACUCAAAGAACACUGUCUGAGCCCCUUUUUGAGUCUGACUUUACUCGAGUGGAUGAUGGAUGACUGAUGUGUGGAUGAAAACAAAAAAAGUAUGUCUAUGUGUCAAAAAAGCGAGGCAUUUUGAAGGAUAGACUUCUUGCUUCUGCUGUAGCUCUUUUUUUGUGAGAUAACUGUUAAUCAUUUGUUGUUGUUGUGUAUGUUGAUGAUUUUUCUUUUGUUUUCUGGUAAUGUUUGGGGAGGGGGGUAAUCAAAAGGAGAGUUAGAAACCAGGUUUUUCCAGGAGGGAUUUGCUUCCGGUUGUCCUAACCACACAGUAUCUGUCUUCCGCUUAUCCCAGCUGCCUGGUCACCCUAACACUUUUGAAGCUUUGGAUUGUGAAUUUUACCAGUAAAUGAAUACCUCUUGUUUUUCUCUAGAAAACAUAUAAGAAGUGCUCUUUGGUGAGCAGAGACUCUUUCUGGGGUGCUGUGUUCUCAUUGCUCGGGGACGAGGCACGCCCACACAGGGCCGACUGCGGUCGUAGCUGUGCUUAUUUCCCUACUGGGGAAGUCUAACUAGUGCAAAAGCAGCUUUUGUUUGUUUUUAAUUUUAUUUUGAAGAGGUGUGAAACCUCUGCUGUUUUUGUUUUUAUGUUUACUAAAAACCAGUUAAGUACUGCAUUCUUCUGAGGGCGGAUUUAGAGAAUCAGACGGAUGAAUGAGUGAGAUGGAGGAUGAAAAAGGAAUGGUACAUUUGGAAGUGGUUUGAGAGGAAAUGGAGGUUGGUUUUUUUUUUCAAGCUUCUGACUGAUGUCAGUUACUGACACUUUUUAUAUGAAAAAAGAUGAAAAAAAAUAAACUAUGAUGUUAAAUUGUUGUGUAUCAUUCGUAGUUUUCUCCUUAACUUGAUUUUACUGCAUCAUCGUAGAGAUUGUAUUUGGAUGUGGAGAGGACGACAUUAUCAGGAUCUAAAGCAGUCAUAGCACAAUCGGCGUCACCAUCAGAUCAGUUGCAGUUAUAGGAAAUGAAACAAUCCAUGGUAAUUAGCAAAUAUGACUACUGUUAUGCAAAAAUAUGACUCGUGAAAAGUGCUAUUUCAUCACCUUGUUCCAAAGUACACUCAGCUGUUUGAUAAUAAAGCUGAGCUCAGGGGAACAGUUCAAAUGUCCAGGGACUUCAAUGUGAAUAAUUUUACUGUACAAGCAUGAUGACUAUGACUCACAGGGGGUCUGCUAUUUGUCCCUGUUUCUGUGAUGCGCUCCAGGUCAAAGUUUCUCUUUGCUCAUGCUGACCAACAUUCAAAUCGUGAUAAGGGGGAAUUCCUUGUAGGAUACCUUACCUCUGUAUUCUGUUUGCCUACACGUCACACCUCUCUGGGAUAGCUCUGUCUUCUACCCAGUGAGGCAGCCUAUCAGUCCGAUAUUCAGGGUGUUUUCCCAUCAAGGCCAUCUGUCAACCUCAGCGUUAUCCCCACUGACCAAACUGCCUUCAUGUUUCAGUGGCUUUCCCAUGCCACAAACUGAAUAGGAAACAUUGGUUAAAAACCGCGAUAUCAGCCAGCCAACUGUCUUUCAUAUCAACCUGAUGAAUUCAUGUAGAGAACAAUGUGUGUCAUUAGCUCUGGCUAAUGAGUUUGUUUAGAGGUGUUUGAAACAUCAGCUCGUCUUGUGGUUGUUUAAAGGUCACUAUUGUGUGAAAAUAGGGGGAAUUGACACUGAGGGUUUUUACAUUAAGUGCCGUUUCUGACUUGUUUUGAUGUAAUAAAGAUGUGAUUUUGAAAUGCUGUACUUUAGGCUACUUGGUGUAACUUGUAAGCACUGCCUGGCCCCAUAUCUACGUACCAAUAAAGGCUUUGGGAAGCAAAAAAGAA